AUGGCUGCCCAGGACACUUCUUCCUGUAUCGGGGCUUGUAUGUACGAUUCACACCUGCACACGGCUGGACACAUGCUUCCAAUAGCCACAUCCGUGAGUGCCACGGUAAGGGGACUAUGGGAUGGGAGUGACCCCGAGCUCUUUGUGCCCCCUGUAUCCAGCACCAUGUGACCCCGAGCUCUUUGUGCCCCCUGUACCCAGCACCAUGUGACCCUGAGCGCUCUGUGCCCCCGGUACCCAGCACCAUGUGACCCUGAGUGCUCUGUGCCCCCGGUACCCAGCACCAUGUGACCCUGAGUGCUCUGUGCCCCCUGUACCCAGCACCAUGUGACCCUGAGCGCUCUGUGCCCCCUGUACCCAGCACCAUGUGACCCCGAGCUCUUUGUGCCCCCUGUACGCAGCAGCAUGUGACCCUGAGCGCUCUGUACCCAGCACCAUGUGACCUUGAGAGCUCUGUGCCCCCUGUACCCAGCACCAUGUGACCCUGAGCGCUCUGUGCCCCCUGUACCCAGGACCAUGUGACCCUGAGCGCUCUGUGCCCCCUGUACCCAGGACCAUGUGACCCUGAGCGCUCUGUGCCCCCUGUACCCAGCACCAUGUGACCCUGAACGUUCUGUGCCCCCUGUACCCAGCACCAUGUGACCCUGAGCGCUCUGUGCCCCCUGUACCCAGGACCAUGUGACCCUGAGCGCUCUGUGCCCCCUGUACCCAGCACCAUGUGACCCUGAACGUUCUGUGCCCCCUGUACCCAGCACCAUGUGACCCUAAGCGCUCUGUGCCCCCUGUACCCAGGACCAUGUGACCCUGAGCGCUCUGUGCCCCCUGUACCCAGGACCAUGUGACCCUGAGCGCUCUGUGCCCCCUGUACCCAGCACCAUGUGACCCUGAGCUCUCUGUGCCCCCUGUACAUAACACCAUGUGAUCCCGAGCUCUCUGUGCCCCCUGUACAUAGCACCAUGUGAUCCCCAAGGUCUCUGUGACCCCCAGUGCUCUUAGCUUUUACCCAGCACCAUGUGACCCCCGAGCUCUCUGUGCCCCCUGUACCAAGCACCAUGUGAUCCCCGAGCUCUCUGUUCCUACUGUACCCAGCACCAUGUGUCCCCCGAGCUCUCUGUUCCCGCUGUACUUUAACAGGUUAUUCGCUAAAGUGAAACUUCAAAGUGAAUUGAAGGUCAGGGAAGCAGGAAAGGAAAAAUAUCUGUCAACUAUGCUUUCAUGUCCACUUCUCUGGCCUUAAAAGAACACUAUAGGGUCAGAAACACAAACAUGUAUUCCCGACCCUAUAGUGCUAAACCCACCAUCUAGCUCCCCUGCCUCCCUAAUUAUAGUAAAUCUUGUAUUUAAGUCUGCAGCUGCUGCCUCUGCCCCUGAUUGAAUCAAUGCAUCUCUAUGAGGAAAAUUCAGUGUCUGCAUGCAGAGGGUGGAGACUCUGAAUGUCAGUCACACUGUGCAGCACUGCCCCAGGAAGCACCUCUAGGGAGCCAUCUGAGGAGUUGCCAGUGGGGGGUGUCCCUAGGCUGUAAUGUAAACACUGCAUUUUCUCUGAAACAAAUAGUAGGGAUCGACGGAUAUUGAUUUUUUUUUUUUUUUUUUAAAGCCGAUACCAAUAAUUUAUUGAUAUUCUGUACAUUUACCAUUUUGAAAAAAGUAAACUAUUUCUAAAGGUAAAUGCACAAAAUAUACAUAUAUACAGUGUUUGUGUGUAGUGGAUGCAGUGUGUGUGUGUGUGUAGUGGAUGCAGUGUGUUUGUAUGUGUUUCUGUAGGUAUGUAAUUUGUGUAAAAUAGGGGGGAGGGAAGGCAUUUUUAACGCCUUAAAGGACCACUCUAGGCACCCAGACCACUUGAGCUUAAUGAAGUGGUCUGGGUGGCAGGUCCCUCUAGGAUUAACCCUUUUUUUUAAUAAACAUAGUUUCAGAGAAACUGCUAUGUUUAUAAAUGGGUUAAUCGAGCUUCUAAAGCCUCUAGUGGCUGUCUCAUUGACAGCCGCUAGAGGCGCUUGCGUGCUUCUCACUGUGAAAAUCACAGUGAGAAGACGCAAGCGUCCAUAGGAAAGCAUUAUGAAUGCUUUCCUAUGAGACAGGCUGAAUGCACGCGCAGCUCUUGCCGCGCAUGCGCAUUCAGCCGAAGAGGAGGAAGAGAGGUCCCCGCCCGGCGCUGGAAUAAAGGUAAGUUUAACCCCUUUCCUCGCCAUUCCAGCCCGGCGGGAGGGGGACCCUGAAGGUGGGGGCACCCUCAGGGCACUAUAGUGCCAGGAAAACAAGUAUGCACUAUAGUGGUCCUUUUAGGACCGUGGGCGUGUUAUGCCUUCCUACUUACCCUUCGCGGUAUGGUGACUUACCUGGGAGCCCAGGGAGUCCCCUCUGUCUGUUUCGGCUCCCCUGGGCCAUGUGAUUGCGAGGUCCUUGCGAUCACAUGGACAGCAUAGUCUACUUUUGAAAAUGGUAUGCCAUCAUGGGGGUAAUUCUCGUUCCUGGUCUCAAAGGCAACGUAACCAAUCUGGUGAAUUUCAGUGUGGAAAAAAACUGAAAAAUGUAACAUGCUAUAUUUGACCCUAUAACUUCCCAAAACACCAUAAAACAUGUAGGGGGGGGGGGUUACUGUUUUACACGUGAGACAUCGCUGAAUGCAUAUAUGUGUAUUUUAUCGCAGUAAAGCAAACAGUAUCAUGACAUUCACAGUUAAAAUGUCACGUAGAACUACAUUUUUAAAAAAGUUAUUUUCUCCCAUAUUUUUAUAUUUAAUUCAUAUUAAAGGAUCACUAUAGUGUCAGGAAAACAAAGCGGUUUUCCUGACACUAUAGUGCCCUGAGAGUGCCCCCACCCUCAGGCUCCCCCUCCCAUGGCGCUGAAGGGGUCAAAACCCCUUCAGCCACUUACCUUAAUCCAGCGCCGGGCUCCCUCUGUACUGUUUCCCCUGAAUAAAAUGAUAUAUAAUAAGGGUGGGUGCAUUUAAUAUGAACGAGGUGAAUUACAGUUGGACAAAUAUGUAGCGCAAAUGCCAGGUUUUGUUUUGAUCACAACGUGUACAUUUGGAUCAGUCCUUAACCCCUUACCCAUCAUAGGGGUAAUAUUCAUUCUUGGGCUACCAUAGGGUCUCAAAGGCACCGUAACCAAUCUGGCGAAUUUUAAUGUGAAAAAAAUGAAACACAAGCCUUAUAUUUGAAGCUGUAACUUUUGAAAACACCAUAAAACCUGUACAUGAGGGGUACUGUUGUACUCGGGAGACUUCGCUGAACACAAAUAUGUGUGUUUCAAAACAGCAAAUGUUAUCACAGCAAUAAUGUCGUCCGUGUAAGUGCUGUUUGUGCGUGAAAAAUGCAAAAAACUUCACUUUUACUGGCGAUAUCAUUGUUGUAAUACAUUUUACUGUUUUGAAACACUAAUAUUUGUGGUCAGCGAUGUCUCCCGGAAGAACAGUACCCCCCAUGUACAGGUUUUAUGGUGUCUUGGAAAGUUAUAGGGUUAAAUAUAGUGCUAGCAAAUUAAAUUCCCUUUACUUUCGGCAGGUCCCGCUAAUUGUAAUUAAUUAAGAUACCUAAUUAUGUAAAAAUAUUACAUAAAUAUAUGUAGAAUUAAUAUAUGUGUGUGUGUAUAGAAACAUAGAAACAUAGAAUGUGACGGCAGAUAAGAACCAUUCGGCCCAUCUAGUCUGCCCAAUUUUCUAAAUACUUUCAUUAGUCCCUAGUCUUAUCUUAUAGUUAGGAUAGCCUUAUGCCUAGCCCAUGCAUGCUUAAACUCCUUUACUGUGUUAACCUCUACCACUUCAGCUGGAAGGCUAUUCCAUGCAUCCACUACCCUCUCAGUAAAGUAAUACUUCCUGAUAUUAUUUUUUAAACCUUUGUCCCUCUAAUUUAAGACUAUGUCCUCUUGUUGUGGUAGUUUUUCUUCUUUUAAAUACAGUCUCCUCCUUUACUGUGUUGAUUCCCUUUAUAUAUUUAAAUGUUUCUAUCAUAUCCCCCAUGUCUCGUCUUUCCUCCAAGCUAUACAUGUUAAGAUCCUUUAACCUUUCCUGGUAAGUUUUAUCCCGCAAUCCGUGAACCAGUUUAGUGGCCCUUCUCUGAACCCUCUCUAAGGUAUCAAUAUCCUUCUGAAGAUACAGUCUCCAGUACUGUGUACAAUACUCCAAGUGAGGUCUCAGCAGUGUUCUGUACAAUGGCAUGAGCACUUCCCUCUUUCUACUGCUAAUACCUCUCCCUAUACAACCAAGCAUUCUGCUGGCAUUUCCUGCUGCUCUAUUACAUUGUCUGCCUACCUUUAAGUCAUCAGAAAUAAUCACCCCUAAAUCCCUUUCCUCAUAUGUUGAGGUUAGGACUCUAUCAAAUAUUCUGUACUCUGCCCUUGGGUUUUUACGUCCAAGAUGCAUUAUCUUGAACUUAUCCACAUUAAAUGUCAGUUGCCACAAUUCUGACCAUUUUUCUAGUUUACCUAAAUCAUUUGUCAUUUGGCUUAUCCCUCCUGGAACAUCAACCCUGUUACAUAUCUUAGUAUCAUCAGCAAAAAGACAUACCUUACCAUCAAGACCUUCUGCAAUAUCACUAAUAAAAAUAUUAAAGAGAAUAUAUUCCAUUAACUACAACCCUCUGUUGCCUGUCACUCAGCCACUGCCUUACCCAUUCAACAAUAUUUGAAUCCAAACUUAAAGAUUGCAGUUUAUUGAUAAGCCUUCUAUGUGCAACAGUGUCAAAAGCCUUACUGAAAUCUGGGUAAGCAAUGUCUACUGCACCACCCUGAUCUAUAAUUUUAGUUACCCAAUCAAAAAAAUCAAUAAGAUUAGUUUGGCAUGAUCUCCCUGAGGUAAACCCAUGUUGUCUCUGAUCUUGAAAUCCAUGUGUUUUAGAUGUUCAUCAAUCCUAUCCUUUAACAUGGUUUCCAUCACUUUCCCCACUACUGAAGUAAGGCUUACUGGCCUAUAGUUGCCCGACUCCUCUCUAUUACCUUUCUUGUGAAUGGGCACAACAUUCGCUAACUUCCAAUCUUCUGGGACUACUCCUGUUAACAGUGAUUGGUUAAAUAAAUAUGUUAAUGGUUUUGCUAGUACACAACUAAGCUCUUUUAAUAGCUUUGGGUGUAUUCCAUCAGGUCCCAUUGACUUAUUUGUCUUUACUUUUGACAGUUGAAAUAGAACCUCUUCCUCUGUAAACUCACGUGCAAUAAAUGACUCAUUUAUCCUUUUUCUCAACUGAGGUCCCUUUCCUUCAUUUUCUUCUGUAAAUACAGAACAAAAAUAUUCAUUGAGGCAGUCAGCUAGACCUUUAUCCUCUUCUACAUACCUUCCUUCUUUUGUUUUUAAUAUAACUAAUCCUUGUUUUACUUUUCUUUUCUCAUUUAUGUAUCUAAAAAAUGUUUUAUCCCCCUUUUUUACUGACUGUGCUAUUUUCUCUUCUGUGUGUGAUUUGGAAGCUCUUAUAACUUGCUUAGCCUCUUUCUGCCUAAUCUUAUAGAUCAUUUUGUCUUCCUCACUCUGGGUUUUUUUAUAAUUCCUAAAUGCUAACUUUUUGUUUUUAACUAUUUUGGCCACAUCUGUGGAGUACCACAGUGGUUUCUUGAAUUUUUUGCUUUUACUGACAAGCCUAAUGCAAUUUUCUGUUGCCUUCAAUAGUGCAACUUUUAAAUAAUCCCAUUUUUCUUGGACUCCAUUUAAAUUGCUCCAGUCUGAUAAUGACUCCUCUACCCAUAUUCUAAUUUUAGAAAAGUCUGUUUUUCUAAAGUCUAAAACUCUUGUUUUUGUGUGGUGUGACUCAGUCACUGUUCUUAUAUUAAACCACACUGACUGAUGAUCACUGGAUCCUAAACUUUCACCUACAGUAACAUCUGAUACCAAAUCUCCAUUUGUUAACAAUAAAUCUAGUAUGGCCUCUUUACGAGUUGGCUCCUCAACAACUUGUUUUAGAGAUAAUCCCAGUAGGGAGUUUAGAAUAUGUGUGCUCCUGGCACAAGUAGCUAAUUUUGUUUUCCAAUUUACAUCAGGAAGAUUAAAGUCACCCAUGAUGAUAACUUCCCCUUCAUUGUCAUUUUAGCUAUUUCCUCAACUAGUAGAUUAUCUAACUCUUCAAUUUGUCCUGGGGGCCUAUAAAUCACACCUACACGAGUUACUGUGUGAUUACCAAAUUCUAACGUAGCCCAAACAGACUCUGUUUGUCUCACUAACUUUUAUUAGGCUAGAUUUUAUGCUAUCCUUCACAUACAAGGCCACCCCUCCCCCUUCCUUGCCUUCCCUAUCUUUCUUAUAUAAAGAGUACCAUGGUAUUGCUAUGUCCCAGUCAUUUUUCUCAUUGUACCAUGUCUCAGUAACAGCGACUAAAUCUACACUAUCAGUUGCCAUUAUUGCCACAAGUUCAUGGAUCUUAUUCCCUAAACUGCGAGCAUUUGUAGACAUGACUCUAAGCUUAUCCUUUUUAACACACUUGCUACAGGCACCUUCUGUCCUUGUUUUGGUGGACAAUUGGAUUGAUGUUUUAUCACCCUUUUGCCCCCCCCUCCUAGUUUAAAUACAUCCUAGCAAAACCUCUGAACUGCUCACUGAGAACAUUUGUUCCCUUUUGAGAAAGAUGCAAACCAUCUUUUUUGUACAGCUGAUCUCCAUUCCAAACAGAGCUACCAUGAGAAAUAAAGCCAAAUCCUUGCUCCCGACACCAUUCACCAAGCCACAAAUUAAAGUCCCUAAUACGCAUCCGCAUGUUGUUCUGAGUGUUAUGCACAGGCAGAACUUCAGAGAAUGACAGUGUGGAAGCAACCUGCCGUAUAUCAUUGGCAAAAACACUAAAAACUUCCUUAACCUCUGAAACCUCAUUGCAAAGCAAGUCAUUUGUCUCUAGAUGGACAAGUACAUCCAAUUCCCCUUCCUGCUUUGCUCGCUUAACAAUAUUACAGAUACGUCUCCUGUCUCUGUGAGCAGUAGCUCCAGGAAGACACCUCACAAGACCACCAUUGUCCAUCUCCACACCUCUUAUAAUGGAAUCACCCAACAUUUUUAAAAAUAUUUUUAUUUAUAUAUAGGUAUAUAUAUAUAUAUAGUGAUAUAUACGUAUAUAUGUAUGUAGAUAUAUGUAUUAUUUCGUUCUACAUGUAUUUUGAUAUAAAUAUAUAUUAUCACAAUACAGUUAGAACGAAAUAACACACAUCUAUAUAUUUUUAAUUAUUUUUUAAUUAAAUUUUUUAACGUAUUUACAUAUUUAAUUUUUUUAUAUUAUAUCCAAAUAUAUAACAAUAAUUAUAUAUAUAUUUAAUCAGUAUCAGUCUACGUGUAAUUUGAUAUUAAUAUAUAUAUAUAUAUAUAAUUAUAUAUAUAUAUAUAUAUAUAUAUAUAUAUAUAUAUAUAUAUAUAUAUUAAUAGUAAAAUACACCUAGACAGUGUACGUGUGUGUAUGUAUAUGUGUAUAUAUACUUAGAUCACAUAUAUAUAUAUAUAUAAUGAUCCAAGUAUACUUUUUUUUUUUUUUUUACACUUUUUAAUCUUUUUAUUUUCAGCCAGCAGAGGGACCACCUGUCAUUACAGGCAGCCCCCCUGCUGGCAAUGCAGGAGGCAGCCUACCCGGCCAUGUGAUUGUGGUGUCCUCGCAAGGACCCCACUCUCACAUGGCCCGGGGGCACCUGAGGAGGAGGAUCUACCGCGGGGGGGCUCCCUGGGAGUCCCCCCCCCCACCGCGAUCGCCGGCGACCGGGUAAGUAUGAAAAGACCGCAGGGUGUACAAUUACGCCUGGCGGCGUUUAGAGCCACCUAAAGUAGGGCGUAAUUGUACGCCCUCCGGUCUUAAGGGGUUAAUUUUUUAUUUAUUUUUUUAUUCCCCCCUCCCUGCUUGUUACCUGGCCUGGGAGGGGGGCUAUGGCAUUCCCUGGUGGUCCGGUGGCAGUGGGGGGCCCAGCACACUCUUACCUUCCCUUCAGCUCCCCUGUCUAACUCUCGCGGCCUGCGUGCUACAUGGAGCGUUGCCAUGGUAACCCGUGACAACGCUCUGACGGCCGCGGGACUCGAAAUAUUUACACGGGAGCUGUAUCUAUGAAUCUUUGUGUGUGUAUUUCUUUGUAUCUAUGAAUCUUUUUGUGUGUGUGUGUUAUGUGUAUUUGCAUCUAUGAAUCUUUGUGUGUGUCUGUAUUUGUGUGUAUCUAUGAAUCUUUGUGUGUGUCUGUAUUUGUGUGUAUCUAUGAAUCUUUGUGUGUGUAUCUAUUUGACGCUAUCCAAUAAUAAUAAAAAGUAAUACUCUGUGUUUGUUUGUCAUUAACUUUGUGUCUCUGAUCUCAUGGGAAUGGUAUAUUUACUCUCCUUUUUUCCAGCGCUGUGCCGGUCUCACUUUCGCAUGUCCUCUUCCAUAUCUGAUAUCAAUGACCAAUCAGCAUCUUCUGAUAGAUACAUCUCUAUGGGGAACGUUCAGAGCCUCCAUGCAGAAUAUGGAGACACUGUACGUAGGUGCAGCACUGAGAUAGGAGACACUUUAGUGGCCAUUCCAGUGACUGCCACUAGAGGUGUUACUAGGCAGCAAUGUAAACACACAGAGCAGGGACAGGCUAUAGAGUGUAGCGCCACUACAUUAAGCUGCAGUGUUCCUUUAAGGAGGGGGAGGGCUCCUAACUCUUUUGGCUGGCUCCUAGAUUUGUCAAUCAAUCCUUUACUGUAGCAACAUUGCAAGAGUUUAUAGUAACAAUACGUGCGUAUGCGCGCGCCCGCUUGGAUAGUGUGAGUGUGUGUGUGUGUGUUUUGAAUCCAGUCAGUUGCUUGUCCUGUGUGUACAGUAAGUUCUGUUUAUUAAGCAGGCUCGGGAGCUGUGCCCCGGGAUCAACAACCGGCCCUACGUCUGUGAGACCGGCCACUGCUGCGGGGAGACAGGCUGCUGCACCUACUACUAUGAAUUGUGGUGUAAGUCAAGCUGGGCAUGUUUUACCUACCUAUAACACCUCUGUGCAGGGCAAUGCCAUAACUCUAUCCUCCCCCGGGACAAUAUCCCCCUCCCUGAGGCAGUAUCAUUCCUCUCUCUGCUAGGGCUUCCUCCUCUGGGACAGGAUCAGCCCUUUCACCCCCUCCCUGGGGCAGUAUCUCUCCUCUGGGGCUUCCUCCUCUGGGACAGGAUCAGCUCUUUCACCCCCUCCCUGGGGCAAUAUCUCUCCUCUGGGGCUUCCUCCUCUGGGACAGGAUCAGCCCUUUCACCCCCUCCCUGGGGCAGUAUCUCUCCUCUGGGGCUUCCUCCUCUGGGACAGGAUCAGCCCUUUUACCCCCUCCCUGGGGCAGUAUCACUCCUUCCUCCCCUGGGGUAUUUCCCCCACCCACCCCUCUAUCAUACUGUUAGAUAAGGUAAUGGCACCCCACCACCCUCGGCCCUCACUUUUGUUAUUCCAUUUUAGGGUUCUGGCUGCUGUGGUCGUUGCUGAUCCUCCUCAGCUGUUGCUGUGCAUAUCGCCAUCGCCGUGCCAAGUUACGCCUGCAGCUGCAGCAGCGACAGCGUGAGAUCAACCUCAUUGCUUACCAGAGUGCCUACCAUUACUCCCCCUCAAUGCUAGAUCUCCGUGAGUAGAACGAACAUAUACUCUACCCUCAUUCUCCAUAUUACUAGAAACCGUUCCCCACUUCUGCACAUUGCUGCCCUCCCUGACACCCACAAACUACACGCAUUGCUGCCCUCCCCGACACCCACAAACUACACGCAUUGCAGCCCUCCCCGACACCCACAAACUACACGCAUUGCAGCCCUCUCCGACACCCACAAACUACACGCAUUGCUGCCCUCUCCGACACCCACAAACUACACGCAUUGCAGCCCUCUCCGACACCCACAAACUACACGCAUUGCAGCCCUCUCCGACACCCACAAACUACACGCAUUGCCGCCCCUCCCAGGCCACCCUAGGCUUCUGCAUUGCAGCCCUCCCGACACCCACAAACUACCGCGCUGUUGCAGCCCUCCCCGACACCCCACAAACUACUGCGUGGCCUCCCCGACACCCACAAACUACUGCGCAUUGCCGCCCUCCCCACACCCACAAACUACACGCAUUGCCGCCCUCCCCGACACCCACAAACUACACGCAUUGCCGCCCUCCCCGACACCCACAAACUACACGCAUUGCCUCGCCUCCCCUCUCCCUCCCCCCUCCCCCAUUCACAUCAGUCCCAGCAUAUAUCAUCCUCCCAAUUUCAUUCUACUACCACAGCAUAGUUUUUUUUUUUUUCUUUCUUUAUACAGGGGUUUUGGCAUCAUGUAAGCUUCCUGCCUACGAAGAGGUUGCAUACCGUCCCACCACACCACCACCUCCAUAUAGCUCCAUCCUUAACCAGUUGGACCUUCCUUGUUCUUCUCCUCUACCCCCUUCGCCUUCAGAUGGUGUCUCCCCCUGCCCCAGCUCCGAUCUUUCCAGCAGCUGCUCGUGUGGUUCAGACUGUGUGACAUCAGCCAGCAUCUCCUCCUUCUCUGUGCAGGUUACAGAUGAAACUGGCACUAGUCCAGGCAGUACACCUAGUGAGGGGGGCAGUUGGCCCCAGUGCCCAGAGGAGGAGGAGGAGGUGGUGGGUGAGGUGGAGUCAAGUGUCCUUCACAAGCAGGCUGUCUUCUCCUCCUAUGUGGAUUUAUUUGAAGGCAAUGGAUACCACUGUUGGGAUAUUGAGGAGGAGGAGGAGGAGGAGGAAGAAGAAGAGGAGGAAGAAGAAGAGGAGCAUUACAGACACCGUAGGCUGACUGGGGACUCUGGGAUAGAGGUGUGCCUCUGCCAGGUUCAAGGGGACGAGGAGGAAAGAGCGAGGCUGCAAGAUAAUCCAGGAUGCCCAGGAAGGAAUAAAGUGUCAGAGUCCCACUGUAAUGAGGGGGUUACUGAGCCCAACUCUCCAGUCCAACCUGUGUGA